AUGCAAAGAAGAAUUUCAAUUUUUCAUUUCUACAAACCUUUAAACCAAAUCUUAUCAUUCUUGAGUUUUCUUCCAAAUUCAAGUAAAUGUCAUUGUUGUAUUUCUUUGUUUUUGUGUUUUUCGUUUCUUAAUUGGUCAGUUUACACUUUCAAAAAUCCAGAUUCAGUCAGGUGUCUUGAUUUGAUCAUAAGUAUUUUGUCGUCGGUUUGCAUAGCAGUUUCAAUAGUCCAAAUAAAUUUUUUCCAAAAAAGUAAAUUUUUCAAUUUGUUGACCAAUUUGAAAAUUAUUGACUGGACCUUGUAUCGGGAUUACAAAAUUGAUACAAAAAUUAAUUCCUCGACUAAGUUGAGAUUUACAAGCAUUUUUUUUUCAAAUUUCGUUUUUAUAUUAAUUGAAGCUGGAACUUCAAUGUUGCUUUUUAACUCAGCUUUUGUCUUUGAGCAUAUGGCUCACUAUAUUCCAUUUCCCCCAGUUGUUUUACUUAUCGUGGAAUAUGAUUACUUUGUGGAUUCUAUCAGAAGAAGAUGUAAACUGCUAAACUGCAAACUUUUAGAACAAUUAAACAAUAUAUCGGCUUACAAAAAUACCGAAAAUCCUCAAACUCGCUCUAUUCUACUCCAAAACAUGAAACCACAUUUCUUUGCAAAAAACUACGAACGCAUUUAUCACUCAAUUGAGUUAGUAAAUGAAAUAUUUGGAGUCCAAAUCCUCCUAGUAUUUGCCAUUAUCCAAGUGUUUUUAGUCAAGGCCCUUGACAUUAUUUUGAAAAACACCACAGCAAGUCCGAGAUUUCUCAUUUCUCUUGCAAAUUUUUGGGGAUGUUUUAUUUUUUUGUGUUAUGGACUCUUCAUUUCUUCAGUAUGUGAAGACACUGUUUGUGAAAUGAAACAAGCCACGUUCAUUGGGUUGCAAUUAGUUCUUAAUUUACCAAUCGAAAACGAGGAUAAAUUCAAGGAUGUCGAAAAAGGACUGAUUUUCGUACAAACUAUCACAUUGAAUAGACUGACGCGGUUUUCAGCAGCCGGUUUUUUCACUGUGGACUUUUCAGUGAUGUUUUCUUUAAUUAGUUCAGUUUCCUCUGUUGUAAUUUUAAUUGUUCAAAUAUUUCCCUGA